UUUGUUGUUUGUUUCAUGUUAUCUAUUUUUACAGUUAAUAUAUCUAGAUAGCAAAACUCUUUCGAAAUAUCUUUGUGGAAUCUUUUCUGAAAUCUGAAAAAUCUUUUCUGAAAUCUGAAAAGACUUUUCAGCAACCAGUUGAAGAAGGAAAGAGAGGAAGAACAGGCGAAGUAUGUUGAAAAGGUUGAAAAUAUGAAACCAGUAGAGGUCAAACCAAAUGGAAAAGCUGAAUUUGAACUUGAGAUGAAGCUCAAGAAUCCCAUGAGCAAAAUUUCUCUCUACAAGAAUGGUGAAAUCGUUGACUAUGGUGAUGGCACCAAUGAUUCCUUCAAACACAAUCUGAAGAAAGUUGGUGAUAAAUACACAUUUACCAUUAGUAAUGUUGGCCCAGAAGAUGCAGGUCUAUAUCAAGUGGAUGUUGAAGAUGCAACCAUGUUUUCAGCUGAAUUGGAGAGUAAGACUAAGUUUGAUCACGGUGUUAAACAUGUUAGGUGUAACCCGCUGCACCAAGUACUGCAGACACGAUGGGUUCUGAAUAUGGACCAGCUUUUCAGAAGUUCAGGUUCGCCUACGGAGAAUAAGGAGCUCAAUAACAACAAUGAAUCACUCAGACACGGUAAGACGUUCAACUCAGUGUUAUUUGUCAAAAGUAAAUGUUUGGCUUAGCAAUUGAAAUGCACCAAAUCAGAGGAAUGAGGAAAAAUAAACAAAAUACAAUGGGUAACAUUCUCAAACAAAGAAAAGGAGAAAACUAUUUCAGUGCAAGUUGUUUUGACAAUAACGCUUUCCUUUUUUUUUAACU